AUGACCCCUGAAGAACGGGACAAUAUAUUUCAUGCACUAACCGAUAAACAAUCAGUUCACAAAUUUUUUUACUUGACCCCAGAGUUUGCUAUGUCACCACCUGCUACAGCAUGUUUUCAAGCAAUGUCAGAGAACGGAACAUUAUUGCGAUUUGUAAUUGACGAAGCACACUGUGUUGACACAUGGGGAAAAAGCUUCAGACCAUCGUAUGCUCAACUCAGCACACUCAAGCAGUUUAACCGACCUAUUGUGGCAUUUACAGGAACUGGAACUAAUCAAACGAAGCAGAGAAAUGUAGAGAAACUAGGCUUAGUUCAACCCCUUAUUCUCCAAUCAUCCUGUAACAGAAAGAAUUUGGUUUUUAAAGUAAUUAGCAAAAGUGGUCCACAUGCAAAAGAGGAUGUAGUGAAGUAUGUUCAAGAGAAUUUUCCAAAUGUUUGCGGUAUUGUGUAUUGUUUCAGUACAAAAGAUACUGUUGAGCUGGCCUAUCUAUUUAAAUCCAAAGGUGUUUCAUGUGUGUAUUACCAUGGACAACUCGAUCACUUUGAAAGAACUUACAAUGCUCGAGCAUGGUUGUCAGGAAAGGCACAGAUAAUAUGUGCUACCAGUGCUUUCGGGAUGGGCAUAGAUAAACCUGAUGUCCGUUUUGUCACCAACCUUAGUUUACCUCAGUCGCUUGAGGAAUAUUACCAAGAAGCUGGGAGAGCUGGUCGUGAUGGAAACACCUCACACUGUGUCAUCAUGUUCCGAUUUGAGGACAGAAACAAACUGAUCCAGCUAAUUCACAAAGCAGCAUCUGAAGAUCUCAUAGAGUUUCAGAUGCAUUCAUUGAAUAGAGUUGUAUCCUAUUGCAUGUCCUCAAUAUAUGCCGGCGAAAGCUUAUCUUGGAAUACUUUGAUGAAUUUGAUGUAA